AUGCCAUGCCUACUUCAGGAUACCUGUGAUGAAUGGAAUUCAGUUCCCGUAUUUCAGUUAGUUGCUGGUCAUGAGUUCAGGGCUAAAGCGGGAACAAAACCUGUACCAGACAGUCCGAAAGUAGAUGAGUAUUCCCGUUCAGUUGAUGUGUGUGGUGACGUUCCAAUCAGCUCUGCGAAUGGCACCAUCACAAAUAUCGCAAUAAAAACAGCCCAUUCCAGUCCAUCGACCCCCGUUCAGAAUGCAGCAAAAAUUCUGACCGUACUACCUGUGCCGUUGACAGCUGUCAUUCCAUAUGGUGGUCGUAAUAUCACCACAAAAAAAAAGAAUUUCAAUCCAACCUAUUGUGACUGCAUCACUUUUGAACAGUGUAUCAGUCACUUGAGUUCAUUGGAACAAAAGAUGCACACAGAACCCAGAAAACGGAAAAAGUCAGCCACCUGGAAAAAUAAUUGGCUAAUGCGGAUACUGUUCGGCCCGCCUCAGUUGGAACGAAGGUAUUUGGAACAGCGCGAAUUUAUCCAUACUCUCUCAUCCACCGCGUGCCAACCUCUGAGUGAUCGCUUGCACGGAUCAAUGCUGUACACAGUGUUCAAGCGUCUGACUGGUUCGUCCGCACAAUUGAGUCAGGGUGAUCAUUGGAAACUGAUCGGAUUUCAAGGUACGGAUCCGGCGACAGAUUUUCGCGGAGCUGGUCUACUAGCUUUAUUGUGCUUGGUUUUUCUCGUGUCCGAACUUGUGCAAUUUGAUCGGAUCAAACGAUUGUUUCGAUUAUCGAUUGAUCCAGUGCAAAAUUUUCCCUUUGCUUGUGUGGGAAUCAAUAUAACUAGUAUCCUACUGGAAACCCUUUGGGAGGACCGAUUGAAUCGUCUCAUACAUGCGCGUAGAAAUGUGCUAGAUACAUUUAUGCUAUUGUAUUGUGCUUUACUGUUCAAAUUAGGCGAUAUUUGGCUGGAACAGAAAUGUACAAUUUGUGAUAUGCAUACCACACUGAAACAAUUACAGCAAUUGAUCAAUCGUAAUCCCGAGGCACUGCUCAAGUGGAUUGAAUCAUUUGAGGGAAACACGAAUUAG